ACCGGAAAUAAGCAAGCCACCAUUCCGAUAUCGAACACUGUGUAUUGUUCUGUAGGUCUGCUCUCUUGCAGGUGUAUAUUUAUAACUCGUCGCGCGAAUUAUUAAAGUGUCGUGAUCUGAAAGGCCUGGUUGAAAACCUCUACAAAGGUAAGAUGGCGGUCUGUGUAGUUGCAGAUGAAUAGCACCGGAGUAACGACAACUGACCAGCUAUUGUGUCCCCGCUCCUUCUAAGAUGAGGAUGGAGCAGACGUAGGGGAGUUACCAUGGCAGUGACACUAUGGCGGAUGUGCGGCCGUAUGCCAAACAGUCGACAGCUCCUUUUACUGGCAUGUCUACUUUUCUUUUUCUGGUGUGUCACACUUUACCGGAUGUCUACAGCAUCAGCUGGGACGGAAAAGGAAAGUGAAAUCUUAAAGAAUGAAAUAAUCCAAUUGAGUGAAAAUUAUGUGCGAGCACUCGCCCGGGAGAAUUCCGACAUCGUGGACGGCCCCUAUGCAGGUCGCUUCACAGCCUAUGAUUUAAAGAAGACGAUGGCUGUGCUGCUGGAAAGUAUGCUGGAACGACUCAAUAAGUUAGAAAUAAAAAUCAACAAUGCAAUCAAUGGGUCCACCAAUGGCACAGCAUCUAAUGCCACAAACAGCCAAUCAUUGCGCUCGAAUUAUCAGCUACGAGCCGAGGACAAAACAGAGUUUGUACAACUCUCAAAAAGUGAUUUAAUACAGGGGAAGGUAGAGCAGUGUGAUCUUACUACUCAGGAGAAACAGCUGUACCCUCACUGUACUACCAAGAUAGAUUGGAUGAAGGCGAUGUGGAAGUCUGAUCCGUGUUACCAGUCGUACGGAGUAGAUGGAUCCAUCUGUUCAUUUGUCAUGUAUUUAAGUGAGAUUGAAGGUUGGUGUCCUACGAAGGCCUGGAGAGGAAAUAUCAAACCCCCGAAAGAGGACAUGUCAAAAGUCAAAUUUGCUAAUGUUACGACAGAUUUACAAGCGUUGAUGAAAAUUCUAGUCGAUCCAAAUGAGCGUCAGAGUUAUGCAUGGAUCAGAAUGAGAAUACGGAGGCUCUGGGACAAAUGGACGGGAGGUAUCAAAAGACUUACUAAAAAACAAAACCUGGAGGGCAGGCGACGUAAAAAAGUAUUAGUUCAUUUGGGGCUGCUUUCCAAACAAUCGGGAUGGGGAAUUGCUGAAAAUCAAUUCAAAGGAGGCCCAUUAGGGGAACUUGUGCAAUGGAGUGAUCUUCUUUCUACAUUAUUUAUAUUGGGACAUGACCUCAUUGUAACUAGUGAAACCGACCAGCUAGCAGGAAUUUUAUCAAAGCUACCAGCCGCUAACUCGCCAUGUCAGAGCAGGGCGGACCUGCCCGUACACAUCAUUUACACCGAUAUUGUAGGCCUCACACAAUUCAGGAAGCAUGUCAAGGGUGGAUAUGCCAAGUUCAGCUGCCUGCUGAGGAUAGUUGAUUCGUUUGGGACAGAACCAGCGUACAAUCAUAGAGUUUACGCUAAAGCCCACAAGUUAGUGACGUUCUGGGGAGGGCAAAAUCUUCAGCCUCAGCAGUUCUUCACAAUGUUCCCGCACAGUCCUGACAACUCAUUCAUGGGAUUUCUGGUGGAACAACACCUCAACGACAGUCGUGUACAGGACAUUAAACGUGAGGACCAGGCCAUGGUGUACGGCAAACGCGAGUAUAUGUGGGAGGGAAAACAAAAAUAUCUUGAGGUAAUUAAAAGUGCCCAGCUGUCCAUUCAUGGGACUGUUUACCUUGAUCAAAAAAAUAAUACCAAGGGAAAACGGUUCAAGCUUCCGGAGUACGUCACCAAUCACGGCUUCCUGAAUGGUGAAGAUCUCCACUAUCUUCUACGACAGUCAAAGAUAUUUGUAGGACUUGGAUUCCCCUAUGAGGGCCCCGCCCCUCUCGAGGCUAUAGCUAAUGGCUGUGUGUUCAUCAAUCCACGAUUCAAGCCUCCCCAUAGCAGCAAGAACACACCUUUUUUCAAGGGCAAGCCGACUCAGCGACAGGUGACUAGUCAGCAUCCUUAUGCCGAACAGUUUAUCGGAGAACCGUAUGUUUACACUAUUGACAUCAACAACCUUGACGAGGUCAGAUACACCGUCACCAAAAUCUUGGAGAAUAAGAAGUUCCAGCCCCACCUUCCCUAUGAGUUCACAGAGGAGGGAAUGCUACAGAGAAUGAAUGCCUAUAUUGAGCAUCAGAAUUUCUGUGAAUUUCAAAAGCGGCCUGCCAAAUGGCCGCCCAGUUCAUCCAUCAAGUUUCUGCUGGGAGAACCGGACAAAUCGUGUAGUGAUGUGUGCUGGUCUAAAAAUCUGAUGUGUGAACCUAGUCAUUUCCGGGAGCUGAACUCCAUGGACCCUCUCACCAAAUAUGGCGUGUCGUGUAAGUCAGGAAAAUCUUUGUCCGAUAUCUACUAUCCCGCCUAUGACAUUAACACUGCCGAGUGUAUUAUACAGAAAGAGGAGAUGUUGUUCAGCUGUGUGGGACAUUCGGCCAAUCUCCAGCGCCUGUGUCCGUGUCGAACCUACAUCAAGGGCCAGUCAGCCUUAUGUGAGGAGUGUAUACGGUGACAAAGCGUUUGACCUCUAGUUGACCUCUAGACUUUAAAGUGGGAUAAUAUCAAUUUCUGAUAAUUGUUAUACAAUUAUGUCAAAAUCUGCUUUCAGCCAAAACUUUUUCAUUAAAUAAUGUAUAUUUCUCUCGCAUUGUUGGGAAGUUUCAACAGAAAACAAAUCAGGUUCAUUUAAUUUGUGAAUUUGUUACACAGUCAAAAUAGUCAUAAUGCGACUGUCAUAUUUACAAAUGUAAAACAAAUUGUAAGAGUGUAAUGAAUUUUUCACAAAUUUAUACAUAUGCCUUUUUGUUCUGUGGUGAUUUUUACAAAAUGUUUGUUGAAGCAUGUUGAUCAUGAUAUUUACAAAAUAUUUGUUGAAGCAUGUUGAUUUACAA